GGGAGGAAUCAGGAAUGGGAGGUGAAAACCGAGUUCACAUCUGGGACAACGGAAAUGUGGGUCCCAGUUGUGGAGUAGAGCCAGGCCAGGGCAAUGCUGUUGGGAAUGGAGACACUUCUAGAGGGACUCUCUUGGAGGAUAGGUGUCCUUCAUGAGGUCAGCAUCUUGUCCCCUUAUGGUCCCCUAAUCCCAUCAACUGCUAUCCUGAGACAAGAAGAAGCCAAAAAUCAGACUGGUACAUUGGCUUCUGUCUUAAUUUGUUUAGGCUGCUGUUUAACAGAAUACCAUAGGCUGGUGGCUUAUGAACAAGAUGUUUCUCACAGGUUGAGAGACCUGGGAAGUCCAUGAUCAAGGUGUUGGCAAGGUCCAGGCUUUCACCAAAUGGCGGUAAGAAGUUGUGCACAAAAUUGUACGAGGUGGACCCUUGGGAAUGGCUGGGCUGACUUUAGGACCCAUAGGUUUCCAGAGAGUGGCUGGACAAUCCCACAAGCGGCACUCCAGGAUAAAGUAGCAAGAUCUGAGCCUGCAACUAUGGCUGCAAUUGCCAAACUGGCAAUGGUUCAAUCCCGCUAGCUGCUGCUAUGGCUUGAGCCACAGGAUCUCAGUCUGUGGAGCCUUGGGCAGCAAAGGUGCCAAGAACCACUGUCUCUGGAGCAUGGAGUCUUCAUUUCUGCUGUCUUCUCCCUUGACAUUCUCAGGAGCAGCUGAGAGAGGACACCUGUCCGGAGUAAGUAAAGCCAGUGAGGAGGGGGCGAGGGCCAGGGCGGCGCUCCUCGGGAUUCAGACCUUGGCACUGCAAGGGGAGGGUUCCGGGCCCCGGCUAAUUCAGACGCGGGCUUCCGCGAAGGCGGCAGGAGAGCCUGCUCCUCUACCUGAGAGUCUCCAGCCGCUGAGGAGCACGUGGGGACAGAUGGGAUCGAAGGGGUCCGGGGAUCGUGGAGCUGGACUGGAGGGUGAGGGUGGCAGGGGCGCCACCUACGUCUUUCGGGUGCGCUCAGGCGAGCUGGAGCCGCUGCCGCUGGCGGCGGGUGGAGGCGGUCCGGCGUACUUGACGCGGAGAGACAGAGGCCAGACUCAGGCCGCCCCCAAGAAACUGGAGAACCGCUUGGCGGCGCCCGGGAGCAGGUGGAGAGGCCGGGGGCAGGUGCGGCUUGGCCCAGCCCAGUCCUGGCUGCUGCCUCCAGGGCUUAUGGAGGUUUCCCCAGUCAGUGUUUGCUCAGAACCCCGGACCAUGGUGCUUUUGGAGAGGUCUAUGAGGAACAGCCCUCCAGGCCCCUGUACAGACCCUGCUCAUGUGUUCCCAAACCUGCAUGAUCUGAUGUGCCUUCCGGGCCAGCUGUCACCUCUGGCCAUGCAAGACCUUCUCCAGCUGGCUCAGGACAUAGCCCAGGGCUGUCACUGCCUGGAGGAAAAUCACUUCAUCCACAGCUUGGGAGUGCUCAGGGGACUCCCCGCCCCCGCCAACCAGCUUAACUCCCUCACCCAAGGAAUAGCCCUUCCACAUCACUUAAAGAAAAGACUGAGGCUGGAGUUUCUGAGUCUGGGCAGUGAUUUUUCUGCCUAACUCUGCCGGGAUAUUGCCUCCAGGAACUGUCUGCUAAACUGCAGUGGACCCACCCAAGUGGCCAAGAUAGGGGACUUCAAGAUGGCAAGAGAUACCUACAGGUAUAGGACCUGGCGAUAUGGAGAAGGCCGACGCUUCAUGGGAGUUCACCAGCACCUUUGCAUCGUUUGAACAAUGCAUCGCUCCCCUCCUCCCUCCAGCAGGACCAGUUAUUACCGCCAGGGGGGCUGGGUUCUGCUGCUGUCCAGUGGAUGCCCCCAGAGGCCUUCCUGGAGGGCCUCUUCACACCCAAGACACACUCCUGGCGAUAACACUCCCUUUCCUGCCUUGGGCCACCUCAUGUGGGGAGAGGGGAAGCUGUGCCUGAUAGGCUUCACUUGCAGGUUAGGUCUUUCAGGGUGCUGCUCUGGGAGACCUUCUCACUGGGCUACAAGCCCUACCCUGGGUGCACCAAUCAGGAAGUGCUGGACUUUGUCAUCCAAGGGGGACAGAAGGACUCUCCCAGGGGCUGUCUAGGCCUGUGUGAGUAUGGAGUGCUGCCUCGGAUGGGAGGUCUUUCACAGCCAUGGGCAGGCAUGAACUUUGCCUCUCCUCAGGUACCAUACACAUCACCAUCCAGUGUUGGCAGCACCAGCUUGAACGCCACCCAUUUUUCCAGCAUCUAGGAGCACCUUCCAUGCUGCACUCAGGUGUGCCCCCUGACCUGCCCUGACUAUCCUGUCCUUAGGAGUCAGGAAGGAAGCCAUAAAACAACACUGUGGCCCCCUGCUCCCCUAUCCUCCCAUUUUAGGACUCUGAUGUGCUGAAGUCAUCCCUUCCGAUGGAACUGGGGCCCAUCCUAAAGGAGGAAGGGACUGAGCAGCCCAUCUUUGAGGGGCCCAAGAUUCCCACAGACCCGGGAACUGUGGAAUACAUAAAGAGCUGAGGAGGAAGCCUCCUUAGCCCCUGGCUGCCCUAUGGCCUCAAGCCCCCCAAAUCCAGGGGUCUCCAACCUCAGAACCUCUGGUUCCCACCUGUGGUCCCUGGGCCCCAAAGGGCCCUGAGGGUGAGGACUCUGGUGCUGAUGUAGUAGUUCCUCCUUGCACUCCUCCCUAGGCUUCUAGGUGGCUGGUGUUCUAAGUAGCCUCGGUGCCCCACAGUUUGCUGCCUGUCUGGGCCUGUCUCAGAGCCGGCCUAGCACCACUGAACUUUCCACCCUGGAAAGCAGCCUCAGGCCUCCUGGGAAAGCCUGGCCACUCCCAGCCUUUGAUAUUUGGGACCAGAGGCUACCUUCCUCCACCACCACUUCCCGCUCCCCCCCCCCAGGGGGCGGGUAGGUGGGGAGUUGAAAUUGCCUCCUGCAGGAAGCCUUUGCUUGAUUGCCUUUACCCCAUGGGCAGCCUCCAUCUGGGUGGUCCCCACCCUGCAGAUGCCUCUAAUAAAGAGCUCUUCUCAUAUC